AGUUGCUGAUAUAUCGCACACACACAAUCAAAUUUCAAAUUGCUGCUUGUUUCCCAUUUUCGUAAACAAGCUCAAAACAAAAUAUGCUUUUGACGCCCUGGCAAAUGCAACACUUGCUUGUCAAGCUAACCAAGUUGGCCUGUGGUAUCCGAAAUCCUGCAGUCAGCCGGCAUUCGAGCACAUUGGUACGAAAGCCAAAACAAUUACUACAACGACAAUUUGCCUGUGGGAACGACAACAAAGACGGCAUGUUAAAAUACUUGAAUCAAACUGAAGCCAUCAAUGUGGACCUGGAGCUCUUUAAUGAGUACAAAUUCAGCGUGGACCAGCUAAUGGAGCUAGCUGGUCUCAGCUGUGCACAUGCUAUUAUUAAAUGCUUUCCGGCAGAUCGCUAUACACGCGUGCUCGUUUGUUGCGGACCGGGAAACAAUGGUGGUGACGGCUUAGUCUGUGCACGCCACUUGGCAUUGCUGGGCUACAAGCCCAGCAUUUAUUAUCCGAAGCCCACACCAAAGCCACUCUAUGAAAAUCUGGCGCAUCAAUGCCAGCGCAUGGAUAUCUGCAGCCUAACUGAAUGCCCCAGCAUUGAGUCGGCUGGCAAGGAUUACGAGCUGAUUGUGGAUGCGCUGUUUGGCUUUAGCUUUAAGCCACCGGUGCGCACAGAUUUUGUGCCUGUGGUGGAGCUGCUGCAGCAGACCAAGCUACCAGUAGCUAGUGUGGAUAUACCCAGCGGAUGGGAUGUGGAGCGCGGCAAGCUUAAUGAGUGCGAUUUCGAGCCAAUGCUACUCAUCUCCUUGACUGCGCCCAAGCUGUGCGCCAAGCACUUUCAGGGCAAACAUCACUACCUAGGCGGACGCUUUGUGCCGCCGGCCCUGCAACGUAAAUAUGAGCUUAAUCUACCCGAAUAUCCCGGCAGUGAGCUCUGCGUACAACUAUCAAAUUAAUAAGACGCAAUUAAAGUUUUAAAUGUUUAU